AUGGGACAGAGUGACGAACAAUUUGAUAAAGUGGCGGGGGCAUCAAAUAAUAAUGGAAAGUCGGGACGACCAGCAGUCCCAGUCGAUGUGGGAUCGCCAUUACUCGAUUGGGAGGAGGGUGACCACUUUAGCUUUGAAGACUCAGAACGGUUUGAAGGAGACUCUUUAUGUAGUUGGAGCUCUGAACCUGAGAGCCUCUGCAAUCAUUGGCGAGGCUGGCGACGACCUAAUAUACCAAACUCGUAUGGGGCGCGUCCUACGAAAAAAGCCAGUCAAGAGAAAACAGUGUUAUCAUUGAGUGAAUUGUCUGCAAAGUGUGUCGCCAGUCACAUUCCGUUUGAAUUGGUCGAACAUGUAUACCCACCAGUGCCAGAACAGCUUCAGUUGCAAAUUGCUUUCUGGAGUUUCCCUGACAGCGAAGAUGAUAUCAGACUGUACUCAUGCCUCGCUAACGGAUCAGCUGACGAGUUUCAGAAGGGGGAACAUUUGUUCAGAGAAAAGGCGGUCAAAGAUGUUCUACAAAUUGGAUUUCAUUUAUCGGCUACAGUCUACAUCACAAUGGCAAGGUCACAAUUCAACGUGGCAGUAACAUUUGAUAGACAGAAGAUUUCCUCAUGCAACUGUACUUGCUCGUCAUCUGCUCAUUGGUGUUCGCAUAUUGUUGCUGUGUGCCUCUUCAGAAUACAUUUGCCCACGCAAGUUUGCCUCAGAGCUCCAGUGUCGGAGUCUCUCCAGAGAUUACGGAGAGAUCAAUUGCAAAAGUUCGCACAAUACCUCAUAUCCGAGUUGCCGAGACAGGUUCUGCCGACAGCUCAAAAGAUACUGGACGAACUAUUGUCGGCGCAACCUAACCAGAUUAACACGACCUGUGGGGCACCCGACCCGACAGCCGGCGCUUCGGCCUACGAGUACACCUCAUGGUUCCUAGACGAGAAGACCCUGCAUAAUAACAUUAAUAAGAUAUUGGUCAAGUUUUGUGUACCGACACCAAUUGUCUUCAGUGACGUGAACUAUCUGAGUACAAGCGCGCCCCCGGCGGCUGCAGAGUGGUCGUCCCUCCUGCGGCCUCUGAGGGGUCGCGAGCCCGAGGGAAUGUGGAACCUGCUGUCCAUAGUGCGCGAGAUGUUCAAACGAAGCGACAGGAACGCUAUCCCACUGCUGGAGAUCAUAACUGAGGAGGUCAUGGCUUGUGAACAGAUAAUAGUCUGGUGGUACACGACGAAGGCGGCAUUAGUUGCCUGGGGCGGAGGCACCGGGGGCAAGCAUGGGGGCAACGGGGGCAACUCUGCAGCACAACACGCGUGCUCCUCACUGUGUGAUGAGGUGGUUGUUCUCUGGAGAUUGGCUGCUCUAAACCCUGGACUCGCGCCACACGAGAGAGACACACUACAUGAACAGUUUGCUCAAUGGCAUAUGAAAGUUCUAGACAGGGUGGCCAAGAAUCGUAACAACCACAUUAACACGCCACACCCUCGUCACCGAUCUCACUCGCACCCGCCGUAUAUCAACGGGAUAAGCGAGAACGAAGUGUUCCCCGGCUUCAACCCUGCCAUGGAGGCCUGCUUCCUCGAGUGGGACGACUACCAAGUGCCCGGAGUCACGUACACCAAGGAUCUUAACCCGCUCUAUCACAGUCCGUUCACAAUAUUCCGACAUUCGGAUAAGCAGAGUGAUAAUGUUCAUCAGGUGAACUCAUCACAAGCAGUACUCAACAAUGAGAUGUCGCUCAGCUACAGACUAACAAACCCGGAUUUAUCAAUACAAGGACUUCGGACACUUUUAGUUAGGGGUCGCAUCAUAGUAGAUAUGGCAAUACCAGGACCUUCAAACCAGCCAUGCAGUUCACGAGAGGCGAUGAAUCAAUCUAACCGUGGUGCCGGACCCAGUGAUGGCAACCACUCCAGUGUCUCCUCCGAGGGCUUCUGCGAGAACGAAGAGGAGAUGCAAGCGAGCGUUGCAGAGGGUGAAGGGGUGGAGGGGGUCGAGUCGGGUGACGUCGGAGACACGGACUCUCAGGACUCCAGCUCGCCCGUGGUGUCGUCGGACGACGCGCGGCCGCUCAGGGACGACGUGUCCGACGACGACUGUCAGCUGUACUUCUACGACACGGCCGCGGCCAGGCGCUUGGCGGCUGACGCACCCGCCGCAGUGAGUGCGGGGUGCAGCAGCGCGGCAGCCGGCAGCGGUGCGGGCUGGGAGUGCGGGUGGGAGGUGCAGUUCGCGCGCGCCGAGGGGCUGCACGCGCACGGACACGCGCGCGACGCCUGCGCGCUCGGGGCCCGGCUGGCGCGCGACCUGCUGGCCACGCCCCCGCCGCUACUGGGUGGGCAGCCAGUAUACUAG